UCCUCGAUCAACAACCUCGGCACGCUGCUGUACGCCAAGGGCGACCUGGACGGCGCGGAGGCGCUGCUCCGCGAGGCGCUGGAGGGGUGCCGAGAGACGCUCGGCGACCAGCACCCGGACACGCUUUUCUCCAUCAGCAACCUCGGCGCGCUGCUGUCGGCCAAGGGCGACCUGGACGGUGCGGAGGCGCUGCUUUGUGAGGCGCUGGAGGGGAGGCGAGCGACGCUCGGCGACCGGCACCCGGACACGCUCACCUCGAUCAACAACCUCGGCGAGCUGCUGCAAAAUAAGGGCGACCUGGACGGCGCGGAGGCGCUGUAUCGCGAGGCGCUGGGGGGGGGCCGAGAGACGCUCGGCGACCGGCACCCGCACACACUCACCGUGAUCCACAACCUCGGCAUGCUGCUGGAGGACAAGGGCGACCUGGACGGCGCGGAGGCGCUGUAUCGCGAGGCGCUGAAGGGGUGCCGAGAGACGCUCGGCGACCGGCACCUGCUCACGCUCACCUUGUCCAACAACCUCGGCGAGCUGCUGCGGGAGAGGGGCGACUUGGACAGUGCGGAGCCGCUACAUCGCGAGGCGCUGGAGGGGCGGCGAGAGGCGCUCGGCGACCGGCAGCCGGACACGCUCAUCUCGAUCAGCAACCUCGGCUUGCUGCUUCACAACAAGGGCGACCUGGACGGCGCGGAGCCGUUCUGUCGCGAGGCACUGGAGGGGAAGCGGCAGACGCUCGGCGAUCGGCAUGUGGCCACUCUAACUACGCCGACCUUCUCCGCGAGAAGGGGGAACUGCACGCCGCGAGGAGGGCGAUGGGCGAUGCGCCAGGGGUUGCGCGAGAGACAAUCGGAGCGGACCACACACCGACUCUCGUCCUCGCAGCCAAGGCGGCACGCAUUGCUAUCGCGCUUGGAGAAGCUGAUACGAACGCCUUGA